GUUUGUAUGUGUGUGUGUGUGUGUGUGUGUGUGUGUGUGUGUGUGUGUGUGUGUGUGUGUGUGUGUGCUGCACGUCACUGAGAUGACGCGUCUCCGAUUCUGCUUUCAAAGCGCGAGCCCAAAGACACAGUUUUGCAGACGGAGUUUCCUGUACGCUCGCGCACUUGCGCUUACUUCGUGCACGAUGAAGCAGCAGCGCUGUACGGAAGAGAUCACGACCAUCCUACAAGAGGCCCCGGCGGCCCGGAAAGCGCUCCUAGAUAACUACAACAACCUGCACAAUGUGGCCGAGUACUGCGAGAACAGCUACCUCCAGGCAGGUGGAGAUACGAUUAAAGCUCUGGAGGAAACCAAGGCCUUCACCACUCAGUCCUUAGCCAGCGUGGCCUACCAGAUCAGCACACUAGCCACCAGCGUGCUGAAACUUCUGGACGCUCAGUGCUCACAGCUCCGACACAUCGAGUCUGACAUCAACCUCAUCGGACUGACUGUUGACAUGCACAGAGAGAAAGUGGCUCGUCGAGAGAUCGGUGCCUUCACCGUGACUAAGAGAUACUCCAGGAGCAGUAAAAUCAUCCCACCUGCAACCAGCAAAGACCCCAAACCCAAAUACAGCCGAACUCCAAUCACCUACAGCAGCCUGGACACACUGGGGCACGGCAUGAAGGACUCGAAGCCACAGGAAAGAAAAGCAACUAUAAACCGCAAACAUGGAGGCACGCUUAGUAGGAACCGUCCAGCCGAGUGUCCCGUGGCUCCUACGUUGUCUCGUGGAGCAUCUGUGACGUCUCUCAGCGACAAAUCCACCAUCUCCAGUUUCGGUAAAGCCGUUCCUCCUCCAGUCAUCCCGAGCUGGCCUGUGGCCCCUGAGACUGACAUCAUCAGCACGCUGCUGGAGGACACACCUCCGCCCCCGCCCCCGCCGAUGAACAGCGACGAAGGGGCAGGGUCUGAGACUGUUGUAGCUCCACCUCCUGCUCCUCCCCUUGACAUGUGUGAUUUCCUUCCUCCUCCUCCUGUGGAUCCUGUGAAGGAGAACCAUGAGCUAGAACCUGCUCUGCUGCUGGAGACAGUGCCUGAAGAAAUCAGCCUUCCUCCUCCAGAGACUGAUGGACUCCCUCCUCCUCCUCCUCUUCCACACUCCCUGGAGAAUGGAGAAGCUCGUCGCUCUCGCCGUUCUCGGGGGCGUCGCCCUCCCAGCACCCGCUCUCUCUCUCUACGGCUCCGCUCAGGCUCCGCCCCCCGCAUGCUGCACACACGCUCACUCUUCCUGUCCAACAACCAAUCACUCAUUAUACCCCCGCCCCCUCCAUACCCGCCUCCUCUGGCUCCACCCACUUUGAGCUCUCUGUCGCGGAUUCCUGCUCGGCUACAGCACCUGGACUUGGAGAUUCCGGCUCCUCCUCCUCCUCCACCCAUGGACUGCAUGGAUGGCUUUGAGGAGAUUCCUCCUUUACCUCCACCUGUGGACUACAACGUCUCCACUUCUGCACAAUACCUGGAGAAAGUGGUGGCGCUGUACAGCUAUGAAGCGGGCAAACCGGGAGACUUGACUUUUCACGAAGGUGACAUAAUCUACCUGACUAAGAGGAACGAUGAUGGCUGGUGUGAGGGCAUCCUGAACGGCAUGGAGGGCUUCUUCCCUGGAAACUACGUAACGACCACGAACUAAACGAGUGCAGAUCGGAAUACAGUUCACAUGGAAACAUACUUUUUUUUUAAUAGCAAAAUGUUUUUUUUCACAGAAUUGUUUAAUUACUGCAUACAGUAUGUCAUACGAAUUGAUGUUAUAAAUGCUAACUCUUCUGUCUGUCUGUGUUUGUCAAUAUCAGCAUUUUUUUAAAUUAAUCCUGGAAUAAUUUAAGUAUUUAUUAACACCAACUAACAGACGGACGAACGGACGGAUCGGUCGAGUCGAUUCUUCAUUAAUCUUUUCAGGACUUUAUUAAAGUUGACCGAUUAAAAAAAGUGAUCAAGCUCUUAUGGGAGCGUGAUUUUCCCAGAAUGCUUUGCUGUGAUGUGUUUACAUACAAAAUGGCUGGAUGAAUGAUGUAAACAACAACAACAACAACAACAACAGUCGUUUGUGUAAAUAAAAUUUCUACACAUGGAA